AUGUUUAUGCUUGCAGUAUCUGUCUUGUUAGUAGCGAUUCUAAUACAUGCUUACUAUGAAAGGACGAUGAAGCCCCCAGAACCAAGAAUCUGCGGGACGCCGAACGGCCCGCCGGUGACCUCGCCGAGAAUCAAGCUCAGUGAUGGCAGACAUUUGGCUUACAGAGAAAAAGGAGUCCCUAAACAAGUUGCCAAACACAAAGUCAUACUUGUUCAUGGCUUUAACAGCUCCAAGGACAUCUAUUUGCCACUUUCUCAAGAAGUAGUGGACGAGUUGGGAUUGUACGUGCUGACAUAUGACAGAGCUGGGUAUGGAGAGAGCGAUCCAAACCCAAAACGCAGCGUCAAGACUGAAGCUUUUGAUAUCCAAGAACUGGCUGAUCAGUUGGAACUGGGUCAAAAAUUCUACCUCAUUGGUCUCUCCAUUGGAACACAUCCGGUCUGGGGUUGCCUUCGAUAUUUACCACACAGGCUAGCGGGAGUGACAAUGGUGGUUCCUGUGAUAAAUUUCUGGUGGCCAUCUUUUGAUCCAGAAUUGGCGAACAGGAUAUUCAAGAAGCAACUCAAAAGAGAUCAAUGGAAACUCAGAAUUUCACACUAUACUCCUGGCCUGGUCUACUGGUGGAUGACCCAAAAGAUUUUCCCUUAUUGUUCUAUAAUGCAGGGACACUCAAUUCUGGGUAACAGACGAGACGUCCAAACCAUAAAGCAAAUGUCACAUGUACCUAUGCCUCACGAGCAUAAGAUUAGGCAGCAGGGCGAUUUCGAAUCGCUGCAUAGGGACCUGAUGGUGCAUUUUGGGAGGUGGGAGUUCGAUCCAAUGGAGAUGAAGAAUCCAUUCCCAGAAAAGGAAGGUUGUGGUGUGUAUCUAUGGCAGGGUCGUGAAGAUAAGUUAGUGCCCUAUGAACUGCAACGCUAUCUGGCGGAAAAGCUUCCAUGGAUCAAGUACUUUGAGGUUGAAGAUGGUGGGCAUCUUAUGAUUCACGAACCAGGUUUAUGUGAAGCUAUUUUCAGACAACUCUUGCUCGGCCAACAACCCUCUCUCCAGUAGCUUUUUCAACCUGUACCGUAAUCUUUUG